CCCCUCUCCUCCUGCUCCUCCUCCUCCUGGUCCGUGUCCGUGCCCGCGGCGGGCUCGGCGGCGGCAGUGUCCCCAUCCGCUCGGAGCAUGGCGCUGCCGCGGCUCCUGCGGGCAGCUGCCCCGCGGCUCUACAGCACCGUCCCGGCCCCGGCCCCGGCCCCGGCCCCGGUCCCGGCCCCGGCCCCGGCAGGCAGCCGGCCCCGCGCUGACGAUGACAAGCUGCUGACAGAGCCUCUCAAGCACCCCGACUUCUUCAGCGUGAAGGAGCUCUUCACCCUGAAAGAUCUCUUUGAUGCUCGGGUGCACCUGGGCCACAAAAAGGGGUGUCGGCACAGGUUCAUGGAGCCCUACAUCUUCGGCUGCCGCCUGGAUCAGGACAUCAUCGACCUGGACCAGACCAUGCAGCACCUGCAGCUGGCCCUCAACUUCACGGCGCACAUCGCCUACCGCGGGGGCAUCAUCCUGUUCGUCAGCCGCCGGCGCCAGUUCUGCCACCUGGUCGAGAGCACGGCGCGGGCGUGCGGGGAGUACGCGCACACCCGUUACUGGCAGGGCGGCCUCCUCACCAACGCCCACAUCCAGUUCGGCGCCGGCGUCCGCCUGCCCGACCUCCUCGUCUUCCUCAACACCCUCAACAACGUCUUCGAGCCGCACGUGGCCAUCCGCGACGCGGCCAAGAUGAACAUCCCCACGGUGGGCGUGGUGGACACGAACUGCAACCCGUGCUUGAUCACCUACCCCGUGCCCGGCAACGACGACAGCCCCGCGGCCAUGGAGCUGUACUGCAGGCUCUUCAGGAUGACCAUCAUCCGUGCCAAGGACAAGAGGCGGCACAGCGAGGCCGUGGAGGAGCUGCGGAGCAGAGCCGAGGGCAGGUAGAGCCCCCGGGCUGGGCUCGGUGCCUCUGCUCCGGCUGCACGGGGCUGGUUCUGUGCCCAGCACCCGGCUGGCUGGCUGGGAAGGGACCCCCGCUGCUGUGCACGGUGAUGCCGCAGAGGUCACGGCCACGGAGGGUCUCUAGCUGC